AUGGUUGUAGAUGUAAUUGGUCAACCAACAGAUUUUGGAGAUCUCGAAGUUGUUCAAGUGCUUGGUAAAGAUAAGAAGAAGUUGGAAUUUACUUUGACAGAUACAAGAUUUGCUAAAAUCAAUGUUUACAAGGGACAAGUCCAGGUCACAAAUGCCUUUGAAACUUCCAGUUUGGUGAUAAAUCCAGACGGUUUUGAUGUGCAGGACUAUCUAAGAAUGGCGCCCAAUAAUGAGCUUGCGCUAUCUGAUGGUAUUCGUGAGGUCGUUAAACCAAAGGGAAACAAGCGGCAAAUUGAAAAAUGGUCAACUUAUCCAGAGAGAUCAGUUUUGGAUAUCAUAAUGGCAACUGAGUGCAACUUCAAAAAGGUCACUGACAUUACUAAUAGGGAUGUGGUACCUGUGAAACAUCUCUGGCGUUGUGAAACAUGCAAUCAGUCCAUUACCAAUGUUGCACCUCAGUUUAAACUACAUCUCCUGAUAAAGGAUGACUACGGUGAAACAAAAGUGAUGCUGCUUGACACUAUUGCUGAACCUAUUUUGGGAGUAAGUGCUGAUGUGCUCCUAGGUGGUUCUCUAGAAGAGGUUGAGGAUCCUGAAGAUUUGCCUGAUGCUAUUACUGAUCUUAUUGGGAAGACUUUCAAAUUUGGUGUCUAUGUGAACAAAGAUAAUGUUGACUAUGAAGCUGAUAUUUUUAAUAUCGGGAAGAUUUGGGCUGUUAAUGAAAUCAUAAGUGAAGAUGACGACACAGUGACAAAUGUUGUUUCUUCUGAUCGUUCAUCUGGACAGAUCUCCCUGAUCAGCACAGACGAGGAAGACAACCCAUGUUUGUCCUCAACUCCAGUUUCAAAACGUAGAGGAGACAAUGAUAUUGAUGACCUUUCUUCUACUUCAAAGAAACAAUGCUCAAAGGUCAUCAAGGUGGAAAAGAAUAUCUGGAAUUAG